AUGAACCAAAUGGAUAUUGGUAAUGGGGAAGCAGUUGGCAUUGAGAAAUUGGGAAAUGAUGAAGGGAGGAAAGUAAAUGAAGGAGGAGUUGAAGAUGAAAAGGGAGAUGAAGAAGGGGGAGAAGAUGAAGAUAUAAAGGAGGAUAUUCUAGCAAUAAUCAUCAUGGUAUCGUCCUCCAAAAUCACCAAUAUCAACAAAACCCCUAAAAUUAUCAAGAAAAAUCCCACAUUUGAUGAUAAAUUUUUUGAACUUUUGAUUAAUGAUCGAGUGAAGAAAGUGGUGGACAUGCUUAUCAGUGUCCAUGUUCUUGAGGAAGCCUUUAGUGAAACAUUAACAUCACACAGAGAUAAUAUUCUAACUGAUAUGAUUGAACCCUUUUUGAUUAAAAAUCCAGGACGUUUUACACUGUUCCCAAUUAAAAAUCAUGAUAUCUUUAAAAUGUAUAAGAAGGCGCUAGCAUCAUUUUGGACAGUUGAAGAAGUAGACUUGUCAAAGGAUAUUGUAGAUUGGGAACAGAAACUUAAUGAAGAGGAACGUCACUUCAUUUCACAUGUUCUAGCAUUUUUUGCCGCAUCAGAUGGUAUCGUCAAUGAAAAUCUUGUUGAACGUUUCUGCCAAGAAGUACAAAUACCAGAAGUGAGGUGUUUUUAUGGUUUUCAGAUUGCCAUGGAAAAUAUUCACAAUGAAAUGUACAGUUUACUUAUUAAUACAUACAUAAAAGAUUUACAGGAGCAGAACAGAUUAUUUAAUGCUAUUGAAACGAUGCCAGCUGUUAAGAAAAUAGCUGAUUGGGCUCUAAGGUGGAUUACCAAUAGAACGGCAACAUAUGCCGAACGCAUUGUUGCCUUUGCUGCAGUAGAGGGUAUUUUCUUUAGUGGUUCAUUUGAUGCAAUAUUUUGGUUAAAAAAACGUGGUUUAAUGCCAGGUCUAACCUUCAGUAAUGAACUGAUUUCUAGAGAUGAAGGGUUACACACAGAUUUUGCUUGCUUGAUAUUUAAGUACGUGAUUAAUAAGUCUGAUCAGAAAUAUGUAUAUUCUAUCAUUGAUAAUGCUGUGAAGAUUGAACAAGAAUUUUUAACAGAUGCCUUGCCAAUGAAACUUAUUGGUAUGAACUGUGAUCUUAUGGGGAAGUAUAUAGAAUUUGUGGCUGACCGACUUCUCUUUGAACUCGGUUAUAAGAAACUUUAUAAUGUAGAAAAUCCAUUUGACUUUAUGGAAAAUAUCUCAUUAGAAGGGAAAACUAAUUUUUUUGAAAAAAAAGUAAGUGAAUAUCAAAAAUAUGGUGUAAUGAAUUCAGAUCAAUACAGUUUUUUUACAUUAGAUUCAGACUUUUAG